AUGGCAACGCCCAUGAUUUCGGCUCGUGUUCCCGACGAAAGUCAACUAAAGGCUAUUUCGCACUUGGACAAAACUGCAUCAUGGGAUUCCAACAUCUACGAGGUGCUCCUCUCAGCAGCCUCCACCGAGAAAUCAGUACCUUUCCCCAUUGAAGGUGGUUCCGACUCCGGCCUUUUUUGUACCGUCGGCAAUACCAUCAAUCCAGCCCAACUGAUCUACCACCCAAUCAUAUCAUCCUCUUCCACCUCCCCUAAAAGGACGCCUUCAAUUCUCCGACCUGGGGAUGUGAUUCUCGAAAUUGGAGAAUACCAAAUCUCGGGAUUUACACGCCUGGACGCCAUCAGACUUUGCAAGACUCUCUUCCACGCCAACUCAAAUGGAGAACGGCCUCGUAUUCUCCUCAAGUUGAUCUCCCCCUCUGCGAUUCCUUCUGGAAGUGCACAACUCAACCGUUUCCUCUCAGCCCAAUUUCACAUUGGAACACCCGAGUUUCUUCUACAGGAGGUUACUCGAAACAACAUUUAUCAGCGUGUUGUUCCAUGCACAACACGAGAACCGAGACCAGAGGAAAGGGACGGUGUGGACUAUCAAUUUCUUGGAGUUGAGCGUUUUUUGGCUCUGGAGAAGUCUGGUCAGCUACUUGAAAGUGGCAUGUACAAAGGCAACCAUUACGGCACUCCACGACCGGAUGCAAAUGCCACGGCGUUCCACGUAGAGACGAAGGCGAAGGACAGCGCUGGUGGCGAUCACUCCGCCGCUUCUCCCGAACUGACGCGUACAGCCGAGGAGCCGCUACAACAACAACAGCAGCAGCAGCAGAGAGAUCUGAGUUCAAUAGCAUUACCAAACGGCUGGGAGGUGAUUGAUCACCCAGAGUAUGGUCUGUUCUACGUAGACCACAUCCAUCAGAAGACGCAGUACGAGCCCCCCACGGAGGCCGAUUUCGAAGAGGCAGCACGUCUCCAGGCGGCGGGUAGUUCUGCCCCCUCUAUCACUUCCACCGACAACAUCAGCAGCAACGGUAGUAGCGGCAAAAACAACCAUCAGAAUCACCAAACUUCGUCCUCCGACACUUCUGACAAGUUUACCGAUGAUGCCACCCAGGUUCGGGGUCCCCUAGUGACCUCGGUCUUAGUGAAGGGAUCGAAGGGCUUUGGUUUCACCAUCAUUGGAGGGUCUAGUCCUGGUCAACCCAGAUUUCUACAAGUACGUGGAUCUCCGACCUUCUGCCUUGCACUCCAAUCAUUCCUUUAUCCUCCUAGUUGGUGCGACAUUGGACAGCUCGCAUUUUUAUAG